CAAAUAGAUUGGCCUAGAUUAUGUAUUCAUGUUUUCCAUGUAACCAUUGACUACAAUGGACACAAGACAGACUUAGAUAUAUGCAGACUUCUGAAUCAUGCACAGUUCUGAUACAUGUAUUUGGCAUCAUAGUACAGCGGUCUCAUCUUUGAUGAACUCUACUGUUACUCAAAGUGAUAAAAUGGGGCCACACGACCUCUUUCAAUUCUAUAUAAUAGCUCCUCUUCUCAAGUUUCUCUUCGCCUUCUACCAACAACUUCUACCUGAUUUACACACUAUGCAAUCCAGUGAGGUUACUGGAAUUCAGUAUCUACUUCCUUCGAACCCAACUCAGUACAUGGCAGGAUAUCAGUUGAACAGAUUUUCCAACUCUUUAUAUCAAUUUCAGAUGACUCCCCAAUUUCAAGAAUUCAAUCCACAAAUAAAAUGUUUAAGCGGUAGCUCAACUUCUGAUGAAGCAGAUGAGCAAAAUAUAAUAAAUGAGAGGAAGCAGAGAAGAAUGAUAUCUAACCGGGAAUCUGCACGAAGAUCACGUAUGCGCAAACAAAAGCACCUGGACGAGCUUUGGUCACAGGUUGUCUGGCUUCGGAAUGAGAAUCGACAACUCAUAGACACACUGAACCAUAUCUCGGAGAACCAUGAUCGAGUCCUCCAGGAAAAUUCUCAACUCAAAGAAGAAGCAUCAGAGCUUCGCCAAAUGCUUGCUGACAUGCGGCUCAAUAGUCCCUUUCCUAUCCUGAGAGAUCUUGAUGACGAUCCCUUGCCUUAAAAACUAAAAUAUUUAUCCAUCCUUUAGUUCUUGAUUUCUGAAAAUUUGCUUUGUUGAGAUUUUAAGGCAGAUAUGAUUUUUGUUUUCCAUGUCUCUUCUUCUCUUUUGGGGCUCUCAAUAAGAAAUGUCACUCUUGUCUUCGCUUAUGGUAUCAAAUGUUUAAGAGAUGGGAGUUAUAGACAUGAAUCCUCCAUGAAAAUUGAUGAUGUCUGCUUUCACUAAGGUCUAUCCAUGUCAAUGUCAAUAUCAAUGAUUGUAUCGUUGACACUCAGAUUUUUUUGACAAAAAAUGACCAUGAUGCAAUCAAAUAGCAUAAAAAGGAACCAAAAAACAAUGAAAAAGGAGAAUUUCUACCAGAAGUGGAAAUUAUUGGUUCUUUCAGGCGAACUACAACAGAGAA